UUUUUGUAAAAGACGUGAAGUUUUUAGGCCUCUCUUUACUUGACUCUCUCAACUUGGAUAAUCAUUAAAGUAUCUCUCAAAUUUUGUGAAGAUGGCCGCCAAAUACGUGUGUUUACAUUGCCCCUCCCUCCCCCGCCACACCAUUAUCUAACAGCCUCCAAGUACUUAACCUUUGAUGUGAUGAAAGAUAUCUACAAAGACAUCGUCGAAAAGCCAGUCGAAGAAUCCAGCGUCAAAAUUUUCUGGCUUAAGCUCUUAUUUGAUUACUUUCCUAAAAAAGAGAAUUUCUGUAUUGUAUUGGUCCAUACACAUGGUGCGCAGUUUUCAUACCACGCAAUUGAGCUUUUGAGCCUCCAGGAGAAUCAACCCUCUACCAAAGCUACCAAAGGGAUCUUCCUGCAUGACGAAGAUCGAGAGGAGAAGUACGACUGGGAAUGGGCUGUUGAGAAGCUUACUCAAAUUAUGGUACAGAGACGGACAGAGGAAAGGUUGGAUGGGCAGGCGAUGUUUGGGGUCGUUAGUAUCGGACGUUAUAACAAAUUCUACCAAUUGAAUUCGAGGGAGGAGAAAUGUGUUGCAUAUCCUCGUACGGAAGGGAGGUGUUAUGAGAUUGCUGCUGAUGAGGAGGAGUUGCAUCUACUCUUGGUGGGGUUAGCCGAUAAGUGCCGAGAUCUUCGAGUAAAGGUCCGGGAAUGAGCGAUGACUGAACAGAUAUUUCGCGUAAGGGAUGAAAUUGGCAGUUUCGAACA